AUUCGAGCCGCCGCCAUGGCGUGGCUGGAGAUGUGGCUGCCGCCCGCGGGCGAGGGGGUGUGCGCGGGGCUGUUCCUCGACGGCGCCGACGCGGCGGCGCACGGCGCGCUCCUCGCGGCGAUGCCGGGCUGCUCGGCGUCCUUCGGCGUGCCGCGGCGGCGGCGGCGGCAGCCGGGGUUCCUGUCCAUGACGAUGUCGGUCAAGGGCGGCAGGGGGUUCGUGCCGGGCCAGGUGGGGCUGCUCGCCACCGGGGAGGACAAGGGCGGAGGGGCGGAGGCGGAGGGGCUGGUCGCGGGGAGAGGGGUGGAUGGGUUGAUGGUGGUGGAGACGGAUGGGAAGCUUGCGGAGGAGAAGGAGGCUCACUCUGGAGCCGGCGCCAUGAACACCACUAAGCAUCUCUGGUCUGGGGCCGUCGCUGCCAUGGUCUCAAGAACAGUUGUUGCUCCACUUGAGAGGCUAAAGUUGGAGUACAUAGUUCGUGGUGAGCAGAGGAAUCUAUUUGAGCUUAUCCAAGUGAUUGCAGCAUCAGAAGGGUUGAAAGGAUUUUGGAAAGGGAAUUUUGUCAACAUCCUCCGUACUGCUCCAUUCAAGGCAGUAAACUUCUAUGCAUAUGACACUUACAGAAAGCAACUGCUCAAAUGGUCUGGUAAUGAAGAAACUACAAACUUUGAGAGAUUUAUUGCUGGUGCUUCUGCUGGUGUGACCGCAACAAUAAUGUGCAUACCCAUGGAUACGAUUAGGACAAAGAUGGUAGCUCCGGGCGGUGAAGCUCUAGGUGGGGUUAUUGGUGUUGCCCGCCACAUGAUCCAGACUGAAGGAUUGUUCUCCCUCUACAAGGGUUUAGUGCCAUCUCUUAUCAGCAUGGCACCCUCUGGCGCUGUAUUCUAUGGAGUGUAUGACAUACUGAAGGCGGCUUAUCUGCAUUCCCCUGAAGGAAAGAGGAGGAUAUCGAUGAUGAAACAACAAGGUCAAGAGGCAAAUGCAUUAGAUCAGCUCGAGUUGGGCACUGUUAGGACAUUACUCUAUGGAGCUAUCGCUGGAUGCUGCGCGGAGGCAGCCACAUACCCUUUUGAAGUAGUUAGGAGACAGCUACAGUUGCAAGUCAAAGCAACAAAGAUGAAUGCACUGGCGACAUGCCUAAAAAUUGUUGAUCAAGGUGGAGUACCGGCACUCUACGUUGGCUUGAUCCCCAGCUUGUUACAGGUUCUGCCAUCGGCAUCUAUCAGCUACUUUGUAUACGAGUUAAUGAAGAUAGUCCUGAAAGUGGAAUGAGUGCAGAUGGAUUCUUGUGCCCACAUAGCAAGUUCAGAAGACUCAGCUGACGUUACCUUGAUAAAAGUUGGAAGCAACCAUCGAUUUAUCAGUGCGUUUAGUACCCUUUUUUCUUUCUUUCUGGUAGGCUUACUUCAUGAAAGCUUCAAGAGGCCGUGACUGUGCAUUUAGCUUUGUUUUGGUCAAAAGCAUUAUUCAUUUGAAGCUUUGCACCACAGUUGUGAUCUUGUUACACGAGGUCUUCCACACCUCCAUUGUAUUGCUCAUCUAUAGCAGAUCGAGCUGUGCCUGAGUGAAAACACCUGGGGCUCCUUGCCCUUCAAAUUCCAGUUAACAAGUUUUAUUGUUUGA